AUGACUGUGCAUGCAUGCAGGCAGCUGUACACCGCAAGCGCUGAUGAGAGUUUAGCUGUUUGGGAUUUGGAGACAGGAGAGAGGAUAAAGAAGUUGAAGGGUCAUUUGUCUGUUGUUAAUUGUCUCUCUGUCUACGGGGCUAGAACGCUGUCUGCUGUUCCUGUAUACGGUACUGCUGCUGCUGCUGCUGCUGCUGCUGCUGCUGCGGGGGCACCCAACACCAAAGCAGCAGCAGCAGCAGCAGGAGCCGCGACGCCAGCGCUCCAGGAUAAAGAUAACGAAGACGAAGACAACAACAACAGCAGCAGCAGCAGCAGCAGCAGCAAGAACAGCAAAAGCUAUUUAUUUUCAACUGGAAGCAGCAGCUACAGCACUAAGUUUCUCCUCGCAUCGGGCGGCGAUGACGGGGCGACGAGGGUUUGGGACUUAAGAACGCGCAGAUGCGUCCUUAAGGCUCAGCACCACUAUCAGAUUCUGUCGGUGGCGUUGGACGGCGUUGGGUGCAGAGUAUUCGCGGGGUCGUUGGAUAAUACCAUUCAGUGCGGCGUUAGUUGGGUUGCGGGCUGUGUGUUGUAA